AACAACUGAAAGCGGCGCUGCGGGACCCACCCCCGGCCCGGGCUCCCCCCGCACCCCGCCCCGGGCUCCCACCCCGGCCGUCCCUCCGGGACCCGCCGCCCGGGCCUGCCUCGGCCCCGCCUGGAGCAGCCGUGGCGUGUGAGGGUCAGUGCUUGUGAUUCUCAAUGGAGAGCGAGAGCACAGCUUCAUGAUGAGAACCAGCCCCCGGCGGCCACUGAUUCUCAAAAGACGGAGGCUGCCCCUUCCUGUUCAAAAUGCCCCAGGAGAAACAGCAGAGGAAGAAGCAAAGAGAGCCCCUGCCCAGCAGGAGCCUACUCAAGCACAGGCCUCCCAGGAGGUGGCAGAGUCCAGUUCCUGUAAGUUUCCAGCUGGAAUCAAGAUCAUCAACCACCCCACCAUGCCCAACACACAAGUGGUGGCCAUCCCCAACAAUGCCGACAUCCAAAGCAUCAUCACAGCACUAACUGCCAAAGGGAAAGAGAGCGGCAGCAGUGGACCCAACAAGUUCAUCCUCAUCAGCUCUGGGGGGACCUCAUCUCACCCUCCUGGUCCCCAGCCGCAAGCCCAAACCAGCCAUGAUUCCAAGAGGACUGAAGCGAGCACUGAGACGUUGGGACCAAAGCCAGCAGCUAAGGGUGUGCCUGUUCCCAAGCCACCUGGAGCCCUUCCAAGGCAAAGACAGGAAACCUGUGCUGGUGGCGAAGCGGCAGGCUGCACGCUGGACAACAGCUUAACCAAUAUCCAGUGGCUUGGGAAGAUGAGUUCUGACGGGCUGGGCCCCUGCAGCAUUAAGCAGGAGAUGGAGGAGAAGGAGAAUUGUCACCUGGAGCAGAAUCAGGCUAAGGUUGAGGAGCCCUCAGGAGCGUCCACGUCUUGGCAGGACUCUGUGUCUGAGAGGCCACCCUACUCUUACAUGGCCAUGAUACAAUUUGCCAUCAACAGCACUGAGAGAAAGCGUAUGACCUUGAAGGAUAUCUACACGUGGAUUGAGGACCACUUCCCCUAUUUUAAGCACAUCGCCAAGCCAGGCUGGAAGAACUCCAUUCGUCACAACCUUUCUCUCCAUGACAUGUUUGUGCGGGAGACGUCUGCCAAUGGCAAGGUUUCUUUCUGGACCAUUCACCCAAGUGCCAAUCGCUACUUGACGUUGGACCAAGUGUUUAAGCCACUGGAACCAGGGUCUCCACAAUCGCCUGAGAACUUGGAAUCACAGCAGCAGAAACGACCCAAUCCUGAGCUCCGUAGAAAUGUGACCAUCAAAACUGAACUCCCGCUGGGCGCACGGCGGAAGAUGAAGCCUCUGCUCCCACGGGUCAGCUCAUACCUGGUGCCCAUCCAGUUCCCAGUGAACCAGUCUCUGGUGUUACAGCCCUCGGUAAAGAUGCCAUUGCCUCUGGCAGCUUCACUUAGGAGCUCAGAGCUCGCUCGUCAUAGCAAGCGAGUCCGAAUUGCACCCAAGGUACUGCUAGCCAAUGAAGGGAUCGCCCCACUUCCUGCUGCUGGACCAGUGAAGGAGGAAAAACCCCUGCUUGAAGAAGGGCUAUUGCCUUUGCUUCCUAUUCAGUCCAUUAAGGAGGAAGAAAUCCAGCCUGGGGAGGACUUGACACCCUUCGAGAGGCCUGUCAAAGUGGAGAGCCCUCCCUUGGAAGAGUGGCCCUCUCCGUGUGCGUCACUGAAAGAGGAACUGUCCAAUUCCUGGGAAGAUUCUUCCUGCUCUCCUACCCCAAAGCCCAAGAAGUCCUAUUGUGGUCGCCAGUCCCCAGCCCGGUGUGUCUCGGAAAUGCUGGUGACCAAGCGAAGAGAGAAGAGGGAGAUGAGCCGCUCUCGGAGGAAACAGCACCUCCGGCCACCCUGUCUGGAUGAGCCUGAACUGCUCUUCUCAGAGGACCCCAGCACAUUACAGCCGGCCAUGGAGCCCCUACUCCUGGCGGAGUCGUCAGAGCCUGCGUUCCAGCUCGACUGCCCUCAAGAGGAGGGGGUGCCUUUCAAGACCCCCGUCAAGGAGACAUUGCCCAUCUCCUCCACUCCUAGCAAGUCUGUGCUCUCCAGAACCCCUGAGUCCUGGAGGCUUACACCCCCAGCCAAAGUUGGGGGGUUAGAUUUCAGCCCAGUACGAACCCCCCAGGGCACCUUUGGCCCCUUGCCUGACUCCCUGGGGCUGAUGGAGCUGAAUACCACACCUCUGAAAAGUGUUCCCCUUUUUGACUCACCCCGGGAGCUCCUCAACUCAGAACCCUUUGACCUUGCCUCUGACCCCUUCAGCAGCUCUCCGCCUCCACAUCUUGAGGUCCCCAAGCCAGACUACCCCGAGCCACAGGUCCCCAGCCUUUCAGCCAACCGUUCUCUCACAGAAGGCCUGGUCUUGGACACAAUGAACGACAGCCUCAGCAAGAUCCUUCUAGACAUCAGCUUCCCUGGCCUGGAAGAGGACCCUCUGGGCCCUGACAACAUCAACUGGGCUCAGUUCAUCCCUGAGCUGCGAUAGAGCCAAGGCCUUGUCUUUGCUACUCAAGCUGCUCACUAUCCUGGCACUUGUGUGACUGGGUAGUACAAGGCUCAGUGUACCCCAAGCCCUCUGAGGGAAGCUGCCAUGCAAGGGCUGCGCUGAGCCCUUUACCUAAUUAUGCCAAGAGAUAGUCACAUCGAAGCCACUGCUGGGACCUGUGCAUGCAGCAGGGUCUCCAGAAGUCUGAGUCCUCCACUCUCUCUGCUGGUACCCGAAGGGUGGGCGUGACAAAAGCAGUGGCCAUCAGGAAGUGCCCCAUAGUCACCUGCUGCUCCUGGCAGGAAAACCCUUGUAAAUGGUGUAAGUCCCCCAAAUUGCCCUCUAAUUAUAACUGUAAGCUUAUUUUCUUAGAUCAUUAUCUAGAGACUGCCAGGAGCCGGUGGGGUGACAAGGGCUGCACUUGGAUUCUGCUUGCAGCCUUUGGGGGAAGGACCUGCGGUGCAGUUUCUUCCACACUUGUGGGUUCUCUAUGUAUCUAGACAUACAGGUUGGCUUGCCGGGAUCCCGCUUACUGCCCUUUCCUGACACCCCCAUGUUUCCAACCCAGUGGUCCUGGUAGAAAAGCCUGUUGGGUUUGGGUGUGGGGGAUGGGUGCUCACAUGCGUCCUGUUAGGUGUUCUCUGAUAGUGUUCCUGAUCAUGCCAGGAAGCCAGCAUUGAGAGCUCAGACCGAGGCCUGAGAAGGAGGAAGUGACCCCUGACCUGCCUGGCUUCCUUAGCUUGCACCUGAGCUUUGCAAAGAGCCACCCUGGGCUCCGAUACACAAGCCAGCACAAGAACACUACUGUAACUACCUACUGAAUAAAACCCAGGGUGGCA